AGUCUGUCAACUGAGAAAGCAAGUUAUUAUUUGAGUCGGUCAAAGUCUGUUUUGUAAAAUGAGUUCCAGUCAGUUUAAGCUGCCGAAUUUACCCUUGAAAAAAAGGAAACAUCAAAGUUCUGUUGAGCCGGAGGGGGUUGAGCUGCAGCCAUGUCAACAAUGCUUGGGUAAAAAGACAGGAUUGUCGGAGAAGGAUGUUCUGGUAAUAAUCAUCGAUCAUGAUGCCAAUCAGAACUAUGUGAGACGUGAUGUUGAGUUGUUCGGCAAAGUAGUUUGCUUUCUCAUCGUUUUGGGCAAUGCGCAUCUGCUGCAACGCAAUGAUAAUGAUUUGGUCAUACUUGCCUGUUCUAGCCAUGCCGUUAAUUUAAUUUAUCCCGAAGAGUCGUUCGACAAACUGAACUGCUGUGACUCGCAGAUGGAGCAGUUUGCCAUUGUGGAGAGUCUCACCAAGUUGAGGCUGUGUAAUCUACUGACCCAGGAUAUGCACCGGAUGGCUCGCGAAGCUAGACAGGCAAACAAACAGAUGGUGACUGCUCUACUUCCUGGCACCGUGGGCAUGGCCCUAAGCUAUUUGAGUCGCUGUAAGCGUGAGGCUUCCAAAGUCAUGCAGCUCAACGGACGCAUACUGAUUGUCAGCGGCUCCAUGGAGCCGUCGAUUCAGUUGGCUAAUAAGCACAUGAAUGUCUUUCAGGCCGCUGCCAAAACAGGCGUGGUCAUCGAUGUGUGCGCCCUGGAGCUGGAUUCGUCGUACAUGUUGCGGCAUGCAGCGGACAUAACCGGCGGCUUUUACUUUGGCACUAGCGACUUUGAGGCUCUCGGCAUGAACCUGCUCUGCCUGUUCCUAAUGUCGCCUAAGGCACGUCACCAUAUAAAUUACCCGAAGCAGCCCCAAGCGGAUCUACGCGCUGUUUGCUUCUGCCACAACAAGCUCAUCGAAAUUGGAUUUGCCUGCAGCAGCUGCAUGGCGAUCUUUUGCAAGUACAUUCCGAUUUGCGGCAAUUGCGACACUAUCUUCAAGCCGCCCGAGAAGUUGCAGCUGUACAUUGAUAGGAAAGCUGCACACCGACGAAAUAAGCAAUUUUCAAAAUCUAUGCAACUGGAGCUUUAGAUAUAGUUUAUUUAGCUAUGCAUUUCGUUUAUUCUUAUGGUAGUUUUACAAUUCAUUUCACUUGACUUUGACUUCAACUUCUCAACAGAAUCAGUCAAUUAAAGCAACGCUGGAUGGCGCAGCCGCAUGAAUAGACCGCAACGCACGUGCGUGCCACAUAAAUUCGCAGAUUUCCUCAUGUCAGACACUUGACGGCGACGCCAUUUUGUGAAAUCUUCAUUAAAUCAACUUUCAGGCGAUUGCGCACAGACGCGCUAAGGAUGUCCCUGCUCGAGCGCCAGCAUACUUUACGGGCCG